GGCGGACGAGGGUACAGCCUGUGCCAGGUGGCGGGGUCGGCGUUGCGCGCCAGGUUUUUAAAUGACCCGCUCAGCCACCCCCUUCUCCCGGCAGACUGGCGAGAGCAGCAGCUUAUAAGCUCAGGCGCAAAACGCAUCGCGCCAGCUCAGGACAGGCAGCUACCCAAGAGGAACACGUCUGAAGCGGGUAGCCUAAAAACAAAGGGCCAGAAUUAAACCACUUCGAUGAAACGCCACGAAAAAUGAUUAGCGUUUCUCAAUGAACUGAGAGCAAUAGUUGGAUUCUUUUCCCCCCAUUAUUUUACUUUAAAUACCCAUAUUAAGAAGGGGGCAUCUUUAAGAGUGGCAUUCUCGGCUUAAGGAAUUCCCCAAAGGAUAUCAUGCCAAGAAAAAACCUGAAGACCGGGCUGCAGACGGAGGCAAACGAUGAAGUAACCAAAGAGAGGAGCACAACGCGUUCCAGGAAAAGGAAGGCAGACGUUGCAAUUCAUUUGCAGGAUCCAGAUGAAGAGGUCAUCGAAAUGACAAACAAGAAACAGUAUGACACCCAGACUAGUUGGAAUCCUGCCACAGGUUGCACAAGUCCAUGCAGGCUGAUUUGCACACCUGACAAAGAAGUAGAUGAACCAGUUGCAUUGAAUGAUGUCGGCUGUGCACAAUAUAUGUUUAAAAAUAUCUUCAUCACUCCUACAAGAUCCUCCCCUCUCCCUGUCCUCUGCUGGGCUAACAAAGAUGAUGUUUGGAAUAACCUUCUACAGAAAGACAAAGUAUAUGUGCGUGACAAUCGCUUUAUGGAGAGGCAUCCACACUUGCAACCAAAAAUGAGAGCCAUACUUCUUGAUUGGCUAAUGGAGGUAUGUGAGGUAUACAAGCUACACAGAGAGACCUUUUACUUGGCACAAGACUUCUUUGACCGUUUUAUGGCAACACAAAUGAACGUUGUAAAAACAAGACUGCAACUUAUUGGCAUUUCCUCACUGUUUAUUGCUGCAAAGCUGGAGGAAAUCUACCCUCCUAAACUGCACCAGUUUGCCUACGUUACUGAUGGCGCUUGUACAGAGGAUGAAAUUCUGGAUAUGGAGCUGAUUAUAAUGAAGGAGCUGAAGUGGAGUUUGAGCCCUUUGACAGCCAUGUCCUGGCUCAACAUAUAUAUGCAAGUAGCAUAUUUAAAGGAAAGCAGCGAGAUGUUAAUUCCACAAUAUCCCCAAACAACAUUUGUACAAAUUGCAGAGCUGUUGGACCUGUGUGCACUGGAUGUCCGAUGCCUGGAGUUCUCGUAUGGGGUGCUGGCUGCAUCUGCCUUGUUUCACUUCUCUUCAGUUGAACUAGUGCAGAAGGUUUCAGGUUACCAGUUGCAAGACCUCGAGCCGUGUGUGAAGUGGAUGGUUCCCUUUGCUAUGUCCAUUAGGGAAGUGGGCAGCUCGGAACUGAAGAAGUUCAAAGGAAUAGCAGCAGAUGACCUGCACAACAUCCAGACACAUGCUGCUUUGCUGGAGUGGCUGGAGAAAGCGUAUGCUUACGAGGCUAUGGGUUUGGAUCAGAACCAGCGGUCUCCAGUGCCUUUGAGUGUUCUUACCCCACCUCCAAGCAGUGAGAAGACGGGGGUUUCUGAAUCCUGAGUCAUCAAGGAUCUUGAGUUGAUGAAUGAGGAAGAUAAAUUCACUGAGCAAUGUUCCUGGAGAGAUGUAAUGAUUUCAGGCAUUACUGAAAAACUCAUUUUAAUGUCUGCUUGAGCAUGGGCACAGGUUUGUGUGUGAAGUUAAAAAGGCCCUUUUUAGUCUCAAGUGGAAUUUUUAAAAUCGGCAUUUUAAUGGACGUGGUACCAGGUUAACCACCUGACAAAUAUUUAGAGCUACACUUCUUGCUCUGAUUGCUGCUAGAGAAGGUGGGACUUGGACCGUUCGGUGAUUUUGACAGACUUUUUUUGCAUGGCCCAUACUGUUUUUCACUGCUUGAUUGGGUCCUUUGGGACCAAAUGUGCCAUUCAGGGGACCAGAGGAAAAACCAGCUUGAUAAGCAAAAUGCAUUGAAAUUGUAAGGUAUUAUGCCUCUUAUUUGUAAUUUUUCAGAGUAUCGGUUUACCAAAUUUUUUUUAACAAUGAAAUGCUGCUACCUUGUAUAUCACUUUUAAAUAAAGGUGCUGUCUCAGACAGUUUUAUAUUGUGAA